GCGGCGGUGACCCGAGGGAAGCCCGCUGCGCGGUCGCCAGCCCGCGGGAUUGGAAAACCGCCUCCUCGCCUCCAGCACCGGCCUCUCGGUCCUGUGAGCCCUGGGACUCCCGGGCGCCUCUUCAGUAACAAGCGCCAUGAGGCCGGGGGUGGGAGGUAUGACUUCUGCAUCGGUCUGGGCCUGGCUAUGAGCUCCAGCAUCUCUGGAGGGAGCUUCACUUUGAAAAAGAAAGGCCUUCUGCGCCUGGCCCGCAAAGGCUCCACGAGAGCAGGUCAAGGUGGCCAUGCAGAUCUUAAAGAAUGGCUGUGGUGGGCCGGACUGCUCUCCGUGGGAGCCGGUGAGGUGGCCAACUUCCCCGCAUACGCCUUUGCCCCGGCCACGCUCGUGACUCCGCUGGGAGCGCUCAGCGUCCUCGUCAGUGCCACUCUGUCUUCAUACUUCCUCAAUGAAAGGCUGGAUCUUCAUGGGAAGAUCGGGUGCUUGCUGAGCAUUCUGGGCUCCACGGUUAUGGUCAUUCGUGCGCCGAAGGAAGAGGAGAUGGAGACGUUAAACGAGCUGUCACACAAGAUCGGGGAUCCGGGUUUUGUGGUCUUUGCAACCCUUGUGGUCAUUGUGUCCUUGAUACUAAUCUUCGUGGUGGGACCCCGCCAUGGACAGGCGAACAUUCUCGUGUACAUCACGAUCUGCUGUGUGAUCGAAGCGUUUUCCGUCUCCUGUGUGAAGGGCUUGGAAACAGCGAUCAAGGAGCUGUUCGCUGGCCAGCCUGUGCUGCAGCACCCCCUGGCCUGGGCCCUGCUGCUGAGCCUCGUGGUCUGUGUGAGCACGCAGAUCAACCACCUGAACAGGGCCCUGGACAUACUCAACACCUCCCUCAUCACCCCCAUCUACUACGGCUUCUUCACCACCUCCGUGCUGACCUGCUCGGCUAUUCUCUUUAAGGAGUGGCAGGACAUGCCUGUGGACAUCAUCAGCACCUUGAGUGGCUUCUGCACAAUCAUCGUGGGGAUAUUCUUGCCUCACGCCUUCAAAGACGUCAGCUUCAGUCUAGCCAGCCUUCCCGUGUCUUUCCGAAAAGAUGAAAAGGCGAUGAACGGCAAUCUCACUAACAUGUAUGAAGCUCUUAAUAAUAACGAAGAAAGUUUAACCUGUGGGAUUGAACAGCACACUGGGGAGAAUGUCUCCUGGAGAAAUGGAAACCUGACAGCUUUUGAAAGCAAGAAUCAGUCCUGA